GUAGUUUAUAUUGUUUUGUAUGUGUUUCCAGCUGUAUUAUAUAUGUAUGAUGAUGAUGAUGAUGAGGUUUGUUGCUGUUGAAGAAUCAGAAGCCAUGAGAAGUAAUAAUAUGAAGAGAAAUGGAGUGAGACAAUACAACAAAUCAGAGCUCCCUCGUUUCCGCUGGACGCCUCACCUUCAUCAUAAUUUUGUUCAAGCUGUUGAUCGCCUCGGUGGAAUUUACAAAGCAACACCUAAGCAGAUUCUACAGAUGAUGGGAGUGAAAGGACUCAGGAUUUCUCAUGUCAAAAGCCAUCUCCAGAUGUAUAGAAGUGCUGUGAAAGGUCACAACAAUGGCAUCGUCGACAUGAAGAGUUCGCGGGUAAAAAAAGCAAGCUUUAAACAUCUUGGAAGGGUCUUCCCUUCUCACAGGCCAGUAGAAGAUGGAACUAGAGAAUGGAGCCCAUUGAAAGGAAAACAUGAAUAUCAUGGAAAAGCUGGGGUGCUCAAUGACCAAGAGGAUACAAGCUCAAGCAGUUGCUUUGGUAAUGGUAGGUCUCAGGAAGAAGACGACAAGGCUGAGCUCUCACUCUCCUUCACUACUUGCUCUCCCACAAUGACAAGUGCACAAGGAACAGACCUCUCUAUCAGCAUCAACCAUCAUCAAUAUUCUACUUCAUCACAGACCCAUCACAUCAACUUGGAAUUAACCAUCUAAACCAUUUCACAUAGCCACCAUCCACACAAAGUACUACACACUCAAAUGGCUACUCUACUUAAUAUAGUUUCUACACUAAUAAAAAUGUUUACAAGGAUUAGCUAGUCAGUACUGCGAGAAUUCAUAAUGAAUUAACAUUUGAGUUUU